GUGGAGAAGUACUACCACCCGAGAGGGGAGAAGGAAGAAUGCAGAUGGUUCGUGGCUACGAUGGAGGCUUGGCGUCGCCUGGGUCGGUGUCGAAGGCGGAAGCGGCGGCGGCGGAGGAGGAGGAGGAGGGUUUAGUGGCGGAUGAUGUCGGCGGUGGAGCGCCAGGGAAGGCCGGGGAAAGGGAGGAGGAAGUGUUGAGUGGCGAUGGCGAGGAGGAGGGAGAAGAGGAGCUGGAUUUGGGGCUGACCCUGGGGGCGGCGAAGAGGGGGAAGUCGGAGCCGUCGGCGGCGCGGUGGGGCUCGUGUUGCCGCAUCCUGACGGCAAAGGACUUCCCGUCCCUGUCGUCCCUUGGUUCCCCCAGGUCCCCCUCCGCCUCCUCCGUCUCGUCUUCCUCCGGCACUAACCUCGGCGGAGGGAUCGGGACUGGCGUCGCUGGGACGAGGCGGGCGGCGGAGUCCGUCUCGCACGACGUCGGUGGCUCCUCUCACCCGCCCAGUCAGGUGGUGGUGGGAUGGCCGCCUAUCAGGCAAUUCAGGAUGAACAACUUGUUCAACCAUUCCAAAGACAGCACCCUUGAGGCUGAUACUGCUGUUGCCAUCAAGAGGAGCAACAUCGCUGGUGGCGCCGAUGGUGGUAGCAAGGCAGACAAUGGCAACAAGGAUCAUGAGAGCAGAGGAAAAGUGAGGAGUUCCUUCUUCGUUAAGGUGAAAAUGGAUGGGGAUCCUAUUGGUAGGAAGGUGGAUCUCAGUGCCCAUGACUCUUAUGAGGCACUUGCUGUCGCGCUUGAGCUCAUGUUUCACUUGCCCACCAUUUCCUCUGCCAUCGAGGCCUCUGUCCAUGGGGCAAAGAUUUCAAAGUUAUUGGAUGGCUCUCUGGAGUUUGCUCUUACUUACGAAGACAAAGAUGGAGAUUGGAUGCUGGUUGGAGAUGUGCCAUGGGGAAUGUUCUUGGAAGCAGUCAAGAGACUUAGAAUCAUGAGGACUUUGGAUGCAAAUGGGCUUGGUAGGUCGAUUCAUUUUGGAAAGCAUUUCAACAAGGUCAGUGGCUUGAUAGAGAGCGAUCCUCCUGCCUAAGAUAUUGGACCAUUAUGAUCUACCAUAAGAAGAGGAGGAAGGAAGCUGUAGAAAAUUGAACAAGACAAGAACAGAAGAAUCAAGAUCGAGUUUUCUGUGACGUGUAGAUCGUUUGCAUCAUUUUGCCCAUUAAAAAUCAUAUAUUGGAGAAUUGCCUUUUUUUUUGGUUGGGUGGUUGAUUAGGUGACGGGUGUAUGCAUGGCAUUUCAAUAUUGUAUAUAUUUCCCUUUGUUUCGAUUAGGUUUAUCAAACUCGCUACUCAUUUUCUAUUGGA